AUGAGCAAAGUCCUCAUCCUUUGGGACGUCAUCAUGUGCGAGGGCCUGCCGGUGAUUCUGCGCAUCGCUGUGUCCAUCUUACAGGUCUUGAAGGACUCGCUCCUCUCCAUGGAGUUCGAGGAAAUCAUCAAGUUUUUCAAGAUGAUGAAGACCUACCAUGACGAGGACGAGCACUCGGCACGCUGA